AUGGAGUAUUUAAUUGGUCGGGAACAAAAAAUAACAUUCGGUUAUGGUUCAAUGCUAUAUUAUAUAAAGAGCCCACGCAUAAUUAUGAUCAGUAGCCUAAGAAUGGACGGCGUUGUAAGGAUAGCUAUCGUCGCCUUCCUGUUCAGGGGCAUCUAUGCUGGAUUCUGUACGACAUCGUACUCUUGUCAAACCUCGUGUAAAACUUCUACGAAGUAUCACACAGCAUGCGGUUUUAUGGGAUGGGAAAGAUGUUCAAAAUCACGAACUGUUUACAAGCGAUGUUCAAAAACAUGCUAUAAAAAUGUAUGCUGUGCCGGCUACUCUGGAAGUGACUGUAACAUACCUUCUUGUUUCGGAUUGAAUGUGUGUCCCAAUGGUGGAACAUGCCAAUCUCCGGACACGUGUAAAUGUCCACGUGGCUUUUCCUCGCCGGCAUGUAGUGAUAUUGACGAAUGUAGCAACAGCACACAUGGAUGUCAACAUGAUUGUGAAAAUACUGAUGGCUCUUACCGUUGUACAUGCAGAAAUGGUUUUAUCCUUAAUUCGGACCUCAAGGCAUGCUUGGACCUGAACGAGUGCAAUGUCAACAAUGGUGGAUGUAGUCACAUUUGCAACAACAAUAAUGGAUCCUUCUCGUGUAGCUGUAAGGACGGAUAUAACCUUAGCGCAGACGGACGAUCAUGUUAUGAUGUAGAUGAAUGCAGUCUCGGAACAGCGGCUUGUUCUCAGAAUUGUACAAACACUGAAGGUUCAUUUACUUGCUCAUGUAACAAUGGAUAUACUUUAGGUGUUGACAGACAUUCAUGUGAAGAUGUUGACGAAUGUGUUGAGGAAACAGCCACGUGUGAAGGUUACUGCAACAACACCAAUGGGUCUUACACUUGUUACUGUGAUUCUGGUUUUAUCCUUGACAAUAAUGGAUAUUCGUGCAAAGAUAUGAAUGAAUGUGACACUGGGAACGGAGGGUGCGGUCAAAUAUGUUACAAUGAGCCAGGUUCGUAUAGGUGCGAAUGUCGAAAAGGUUUUACAACUGUUCAUUCAAGCACAAAUAGUGAAGUGUGCAAAGAUAUAGAUGAAUGCAUGGAAUCAAGCGCAUUAUGUUCUCAAGUUUGUCACAAUACAGAAGGUUCCUUUACGUGUAGUUGUUAUCCCGGAUUUAACCUGGACAGAGAUGGUGUAUCUUGUCAAGACGACGAUGACUGUGAAGGUGUUGUAUGCAUGAACAAAGGAACAUGUGUUGAUGGAUUGAACAAAUACACGUGUACGUGUGAAACAGGUUUCCGUGACAAGCAUUGUGAAACAGAUAUAAAUGAGUGCGAAUUUGCAAAUGGCGGAUGCCAAGAUCUAUGUGAAAACACAGAGGGUUCGUUUCGCUGCAGUUGUUUGGAGGAACGACAGCUACGUGAAGAUGGGUUUUCUUGUGUUGUAGGGGAAGUAAGAAAGCAGACUGUGUUUGAACGGCUAAAAAUUCCCCGACAGCACCUGCCAAAGCCAUGUUUUACUGUAAUGCUUACCCAAUGCACAGGCGGAAAUGACAUAACCAUUUAUUUAAGCUCAACAUCGAACUGGUAUAAACUGACUGCAGAUCAAAGCGUUAUGUUCACACUCGGUGUGGUCUUUGUUAACGUGAACAACUUCUCUGUCCCAAUAUCUAUAAAGGGAAUUGAGAUGAUUGUUCGAAAUAACGAGUUCACGUUAAAUUAUGGGGUGACGUACGAAUUGACUCAAGGAAUAAGAAUAGAAAGCGGAAAAGCAGACAAUGAAUGUAUACAACUUGAACUUGUUGAAAGUGAUACUUUCGAUUUCAUAAGCAAGAACUCUUUUAUGAAGACGUUAUUAUUUUUGCUCUCUCCUGUCAUUCCAUCCUGGCUAAAAUUUGACAAAUCAAGCACCGAGGUUCUGUCUAUUCAAGAUACAAAAAGUUCUCUUGUUUAUGGUAGAGACAUGGAUGAUGUUUCGUGGUGUGAUGGAGCUCCUGUUAUAUUCAAUCAUUUGUACACAGUAUUCACGUUUGGUACGGGAUUUCAACUCAGCGUUUUCGGUAAAAAUGUCGACAUACCUAAACCAUUUAGUUCGCGAAAGUUUUGCUUGAUUGUCGACUUAUGUCAACAUUUCGGCGGGACAGUGUUUUUAAUGUUACCAGAAGGAUCGCGAGAUAUGUUAUUAGACAUAGACAUAUUUUCAGCACUGAAGAAGCAACAACAGUUAUAUAUUCUUCCACGAGGAAUCGGAUUUUCACUCUCAAAGGGGAUCAAUUCAAAAUACCACACUUUAUCUGGACAACUUUGGAAUGGAGAUACAAUGUUUACACCAAUACAACCGAACGUGAAUUUCUGGAUUGGUGGUGUCAUGAGAAUAGAUUUUACAAUUUUAACAUUAAGUUUAACAUUUGAAGGGAAGGCUGAUAUUUACAUCGGUUUUCCAAACGUUCAAACUAUGUUAACAUCAAUGUUUGUAGAAGAAUGGGCAGGGUUAAUGGACAUCCAGCUUUCUCUGUCGCUGAGAUUGCCUAUAUUUGGGGAAAAACAUUUGGUUACAUUUUCAUUACUCAAGUCUACAGUCAAUGCGUAUUUUUCCAUAGGAGGUUAUAGUCGCCAAUCGUGUGGAGAUGUUUCCAACCCAGAAGGAAUGUUUUUCUCAGUGAUGGUUGAAUUAAACCCAUUUAAAGGAAUACCUUUUCUGGAAGACUUCGUUUUCUCGUCAGUUAAUCGUAUGCAUUUGUUAAUGAUUACGGAUCGACAAGAUAAAUCUUCAAUGGGAACACAAUUUAGUAUAACGAACGAUAUACUUGAAUUGGACAACUUUCUGAACAAUGCCACAGAUAUAAUUGAUGAAGCGUUAGUCAACACCGAACUAACAAUGUCAAAUGCAUUAACAAUAAUUAUUUUAAAAAUUAAAGAUACCUUUGAUAUAAUCAAGUCUGUUGUUAGAGUGCAUUUGAAUGGUUUAUUCACUCGAGACAUAAAAAAGAUGAUACAACAUAUUGAUGGUAUCCGGCAAAAUCUAGAACAUAUUAGAUCAUCAGUUAAUGUUUUAAUAGAUGAAACUGAAUUCAUUAUAAGUGAAGCAAAAGAUCGGUUUAUUAGACUCCUAGAAAAACAAGUCAACAUCAUUGAAGAAAAUGUUCGUAAUAUAACGACUUACAUAACGAAUAUUAUUUCGUCUUCUGUUGGGUACCCCACGGGGUUAGGGUUUAAGUUUACAUCGGAUUGGACAUUUUUGGGGUUAAAAUUUAUUGGAUUCGACUUUGAAAUGAUAUAUUCAGAGAGUGACCUGUUUAAAUGUAGCAGGUUUAAAGAAGUUAAUAGAUUAUUAAAUGGAGAAAAGGCUUUACGCGUCCUUGCAAGAAGCUCUUUAGGCUACAAAUUAGGCAGAUUUUUAAAUCUUGAGAUUGGAAAUGGUUUGGGCAUGGCAUUUUCAACAAAAACGCUAUAUGUUCUCGUGCAAUUGCAAGCGCAUAUACAAAUGUUAGGAAUGGAAGUGACUGGAGAUAUCUUUAUCAGCACUAAAGUUGGUCUUUAUUUUUAUCUCGAAGGAAAAGUUUGGAACACUUUCUUAGCUCAAAUUGACGUUGUGGCGGAUGCUGGAAAAGCUUGGGAUGAACUGACGUUUAAACUUAGCGGAAGAUUUGUUGCAAGUGCAAGAAAGCGCCGUGGUUUGAGCACAGAAACGUCAUCGUUACAACACAACCAUCUAAAGGUUAAGAGAAUACGGAGACAAGUACAAACAGACAGUAAUUCGUUCCAAGACAGUUAUCUAGAUGGUUUAAAGAAAGUCAUUAGACUGAUUUCUGAGGAAGCACAAACACGAUUGACCCAAGUCCAGAACGCGCUUACAUCCGCUAAAAAUUGUUUCACUCAGGCACAAGAUUGGUUAGACAAAAAGCAAAAUGACAUUAGAGAUGCUAAUGUAGCUUUCAACAAUGCGGUAGGAAAACUCGAAGAAGCUAAUGAAAACCUUGAAAGAACAAAACAGCCCUUAAAUGAAGCAAUGCUGGAAAUGGAAAAUGCAAAGAAAGAUAUCAAUAAUCUGUGUAAAAUAAGGACUUGCAAAAAAAUAUGCAUAUCUGGUUUUAAAUGCAAAAUGUGCUCUAAAAAGGAUUUUUUUGGUAAAAGUUAUUACCCAUGCUGCAGAUUUACAAAUUGUAUGCUUAGUUUUCCUGAUCCAAUUUGCGUCAUAGCUAAUAUAGCUUGCCAGAUCACCCGGGAUGCGGCUUACCUAGUUCUAGAAACUGCAAAAAUAUUUGUAAGAGGUGCGAUGCUUGCGAACGAUAUUGCUAGAUCGACAGUAUCAUAUUAUCAGUUCGUAGUAGAUAAAUCUCGCGCCGUUUUAGUAGCAGCAGAGGGGAUUUUAGAAUUAGCUAAGAUUGGCCAAGAUGUAGCAAUUGACAAUUUGGAGGCAGCAAAAGUAGCUUUAGAAGCAGUAAAAAACGUCAUAGGCGCCGCUGCUAAAGUUCUUCAGUUUGUUAUAGAUUAUGGCAAAAAGAAUGUAAUAGAUGUCAAAAAUUGUGCAUUUGAUAUUACAAUGUCAAUUAAAGACCUCCCAGUAUUUGAAGUUUCAUGUGAAGUAAAUGCUUUUAAACUGGGUUGGACAAAAAUAAAACUAAAGAUAAAUUUUAAAAACAUACACCAGAGUAUUUGGCAGGCAGCGAGGGCAACAGUUACGGCUAUAAUUGAUGUAUUUGGCGAAAUAUUUUCCAGUCGUAAGCGCAGAGAUAUAGAAAUUGUAGCGUCAUCGAGGAUUUAUAUGCUGAUUCGUCAAGCGCGAGAAUCAGAUGACGCCAACAAUACUAUAUAUAAUCUUAACAAAACGAUUGAUUUGAGUAAAAAUAUUAGUGGUUUUCAUGGAUCGGCAGACAGCGAUUUUGAAAGUAGGGUAGAAUUAAAGAGAAAUGUAUAG